AUGGUCGCUCCUUCGUCAGUCCUCAGUCUGAAAAUGAUUCGCAACGCGACAUGGGCCAGACAGAAGCAGGACGAACCGUCGCCAACCCCGUCUGCUCGCCCAGAACGCAUGCUGGACAUGUACGGGUUCGCGGUGCAGCCACAGUACGUGGACGUCUACAAGGCCUACGUUCCCGUCUACCAUGACGAGGAGACAGAGCGGUCGGAGCGGUGGGACUCGUUCCUGGGCGCGCGCGACCUGCCCUUCCUUCCGCCCUCCCCAGCGCCGACCCCCGCGCCUGCUGCAGAAGCGCCCUCUGGCGAAGGCGCAGAAGAAGGGGGAGGGGAGGGGAGGUUCCGCGCAGGGUUUAGGGAGGAGCUGUGGGCUGUUGAGCGCGUUCUGAGGGGCGCUGCUGAUGCAGGCGCGGGGAACACAGGGAGUUCGGGGGAUGGGGGAAGGAGUGAAAGGGAUUUUGGAGGAGAGAGAGGAAGAGAGCAAGUAGGAGAGGGCAGCGGGGAGGGCAGCAGAGCGGGCAGUGGAGAGACGGGGGGAGAGGAGCGAGGAGGAGGAGGGGGAGAGGGAGGAGGAGGGGGAGGAGGCGAGGGAGGAGAAAGUGGAGGAGGCAAGGGAGUGGGUGGGAGUGUGGUGACGGAGGAGGCCUGGAGAGCGGAGCUGACGUCCCUGGUGAUGGGGGGCAUACCCAUGAACAUGCGCGGCGAGGUGUGGCAGAUCUUCGUGGGGAGUGCAGCGAGGAGGCAGGAGGGCGUGUAUGAGGCGCUGCUGAGGGAUGCGGGCAGGGAGGAGGAGCACGGGCCCAACAGCAGCCUGGCGGAGAUCACAGCGCGGAUCCAUGAGAGGGACGCUGAAGUGGCUUGCACCGUGCAGAUUGAAAAGGACCUGCCUCGCACCUUCCCCGGGCACCCCGCCCUGGACGCCAAGGGGAGGGACGCGCUGAGGCGGCUGCUGGUGGCGUACUCACGGCGCAACCGCGCGCUGGGGUACUGCCAGGGCAUGAACUUCCUCGCUGGGCUGCUACUGCUGCUCAUGCCUGAGGAAAACGCCUUCUGGACACUGACAGCAAUAGUGGACGAGCUGUUCAAAGGGUACUACUCUGACGAGAUGGUUGAAGCUCAGGUGGACCAGCUUGUGUUUGAGGACCUUGUGCGCCAGAACUUCCCCAGACUGGCGGAGCACAUGGACGCAAUGGGGGUGCAGAUCUCAUGGAUCACGGGGCCAUGGUUCCUCUCUGUCUUUGUCAACGUGCUGCCCUGGGAGAGCGUGCUGCGAGUGUGGGACGUCAUCCUCUACGAGCGCAAUCGCAGCAUGCUCUUCCGCACAUGCCUUGCCCUCCUCGACAUGCAUUGUACGUGCUCCGCUUCCGUCUUCUCCGCUCCCCUCUUCUCCGCUCCCCUCUUCUCCGCUCCCCUCUUCUCCGCUUCCCUCUUCUCCGCUCCCCUCUUCUCCGCUCCCCUCUUCUCCGCUCCCCUCUUCUCCGCUUCCCUCUGCUCUGCUCUGCUCUGCUCUGCUCUGCUGUAA